AUGAAUCGCCAACCACUCCCCAGCGCCCCCAGGAGGACGCAUGAUGAAGUCGAGGACUACACUAUCGAAGAGAGAAAGACUCUUGAUAGCAUUGAAAAAAAGCAUACCAUAAACCUUCCUCUGAAGGCGACUUACACCUCAUUAACGGGGCCUGAAUCCUUUCGUGAGCUGGUCCAGAACUGGAGAGACGGAAUUACUGUCUCGUACAAGUCCGAGAUAGACAUCGUCGAAGAACACAACAAUACUGAAAUCAUCUUCAAGGCGUAUGGACGCAGCACAGGGUCUGAAUGCCUCGGUUACAUCUUAUUCAGGGGCCACAACGGGAGAGGCACCGUCGAGCUCACCAACCGCAAUUCUAGGCUGGAGCCCUAUUACCUCGACCUAGGUGGCACCACCAAAGCCGCCAACCAGGACCUUGCGGGCUUCCACGGCGAGGGCCUCAAGCUCGCCUUGCUGGUCCAGCAGCGCGAAGAGCAGAAUCAUUCCGUCCGCUGCACUACCGGUGGCUUUGGCUGGUGCUUUGGGUAUACCACCCAGGCUAACCUCGUCGCACACCUGACUCGUCUCAGUGAGGGAAAUGCGCGCAGAAAGGACAAACACCCGCAAGGUACUCUUGCUCCCUUUUACCCAAAUUAUAAGACUGAUGUCAGGUUCGUUGUCGGCGAGAUCAAGAAAGCCAAGAACGAGCGAGGCGAGACCGUCAGACGGAGCGCCGUGAAGCGUGAAGAAUUCGAGUCCUGGUGCACCACCGUCCUCGCUUUUCAGAAACUCGACAAGAACAGCGUCCUUAAGACCAAAUAUGGCGAGAUUAUCAUGGAUCCCAAGCACAGAGGUAGCCUCUACCUCAAGGGUCUGCUCAUGCGCAGAUCUACGCGCUCUUGCUCGGCCAGCAUGACGGGCAAGCCCCUCAAGUACGGCUACAAUUUCCAGAAUGGCACUACAAACCGAGAUAGAAGAACUCUGGGCUCAGCCGAGGAGGAGGGCCGUGCUAUCCUCGCAAUCUGGCAAGCGGCGCUGGUUGAACGGCCUGGCCUCGUGGACGAACUCUCUGACAUCCUCAACUCUUCAGAUCCCCAGUGGGCAGAGGUUUCCAUGCUCCGUGUCGGCUUGCUACCUGGUACCGCCGACAAGCUCGCCCAAUACCUCCUUUCGGAUACUUCCAAGUGGUAUUACUCUCCUAGGGAGAGAGAAGAGAAUCCUGGGCUCGACACGAUCAUCGCGAGCCUCGGUCGCCAGGGGUUCCCACUCACGGUCGAGUACUGGGAUACUUUGGCAUCGUAUAGCCUUGUCCGUACCGCGAAGAGUGGGCAGCGAGGCCGCUUCCGGUCUGCCGCCACCGUCACCAUUCCGAGAGAUCAGUUCGCCCGGCAAAUGGAGAGGAUGCUCCGAGCAUGCUUAAGAGCAUGCCCCCAGACCAGCUCCUCAAAGCUUGAGUUUGUACAGGCCGGUUGUCUCUCAUUGAGGGCAUUCUUCCAAGAGAAGGACGGCGGGCUGGUCAGAGUCCAUGAGAGAUGGCUCCAUCGAGCCACCGUCAUGGGCGGGUUCGCCUUCCUGGAAGAUGUGUCCGAGAUAUACACUUCCUUGCAUGCUUGUAAGCUGCUAUUUAAGGACAUCGUGGACCAGUUGGGGGAUGGUGCUUUUGCAAAUCCCGAUGCACAAGCCAGUGUCGGGCAGAAAGAGCAGCAGUUGGUGCUGGCCGAGGAGAGACUGACAGAGUAUGCUCACCAUCAUUCCACUCUCACGCUCAAGGCAAUAGACAAGGACUCUACUAUAGUCGUCACCUGGGAGGUCUUGAAGAGUUCCAUGGGCGAUCCUUCGUUUGAGGUUGCUCUUCAUGAUGCUUCGACCUGCUUAAGCCUCAAGGACAAAUUGCUUGCCAAAGAUGUUGACAGAAGUGAUUCUGUCUGCCCCUCUCGAGUGCACAGCUCCAUCCAGACUGCACAAACAGAAGCCUGCUGCAGAGUAGUAAGUGUCAGGGGAAGAUCUCGCGCCGGCGAGUCGACGAAGUAUGCGGCAAAUUUCUGCGAUGUCAAGAAAGGAACACGAUACUUUGCCAUCGUCUACAGGCCUGACAAGCCCUCGUCCCUUGUCGUUGCGUCAAACAUGGGCGGUAUUCUCAGUGACACUCAUGAGAAUUCUAGAGCUCCAUCGGAUGCGAGAGCCGGACCUCAACUAACACCCUCAUACCCCUUUAUAGGAGGCCAAGCAUUCCCCCAAACGCCAUUGCCCUUUCCAGCCGGCCAAGGCAUGCCCAUACCAACAUUCGCAGGCGGCUUUUAUCCUCAAUGGCCCAGUCCCCAGGUGGUCAACCAGCUCCCAGUCGAGGCCCUACGUCAAGUCAACUACCAUCAUCCCGCUCAAGCUGUCCCUGGAUACCUCAGGGGCAAUGGAGGCAUGGGCCAGCCUUUUCAAAAGCGUCACCGCACUGGCUGA